AUGAAGCGCGCACGAAGCAAGCAUUUGUUCUCGCGCAAGCGCAAGCAGUCUGCAGCCGGCGAACCUCACUGUCCUGCACCGGGCACUGAAGAAGUUUAUGUGAAUAGCUUUGGGACCAUCAUCACGGAGGGUUUGCGCCGCUUCGAGGAGCACUACAGGCCUCAGUGUUUGGCGGAUGGUAGUGAGUGGGCCAAGUUAGCACAUUCUUUGCGGCAGCCGCUUCCUGUUGCUUUUCGUGUGAGCAAAGAAGCCUGGAGCCAACUGGAACAUUUCCACGAGGAGUUAAAAGAUGGAUGCACCACUGCAUGGGGCCGAUUUGUGCCAGCUCCUCGGUACUUUCCAUUUUCCCGGACAAUGUCACUAGGCUGCGACGCGAAAACACUCAGACAGGAACAGAUGGAGAAUCCAAAGUCCGCAUUGUCACAGUUGGGGCAGUGGCUCACGAAAAGCUCAGCUGAAGGACGUAUUUCGCGUCAGGAGGUAGUGAGCACAGUUCCGGUUGCUGUCCUUCGCCUUGAGCCUCACCAUGUUGUGUUGGAUCUUUGUGCAGCACCUGGAUCUAAGACAUUGCAAGCUUUGGAAUUGGCUGGUGCAGUGAUUGCAAAUGAACUUAGUGCCAGCCGCGCUUGUGUCUUGGCAAGGAGGUGCACGUUGCAAGAGCGGGCUGCUUCAUUGGCGGUGGUGCAACACAAGGCUCAGACCUUCCCAGGACCCUGUGGCGACAAGACACGUGGGUUUGAUCGUAUCAUUUGUGAUGUGCCGUGCAGUGGAGAUGGCACAAUGCGGAAGCAUCCAGAGAAAUGGCGAUCAUGGAGCCCGCACUUGGGCAGAGAGCUUCACUCCCGGCAGCUUCAGAUUGCUUUGAGGGCAAUGGCUUUGCUGAAAGUUGGCGGCCUUAUGACUUACAGCACCUGCUCCUUCAACCCUUUGGAAAACGAGGCGGUGGUUGCUGCCCUCCUCCUCCGAACCGGUGCCGUGCUGGAAGUGGUCCCGGACUUGCAGGGGCUGCCCACUCGGCCUGGCCUCACCACUUGGACUGUUGAGGAACUCCAUGGCCCUGAAGGCCUCACCAAAGCACAACGCAAACGCUUUCGGCGUUCAAUGUGGCCGCCUGAUUGUGCUGAUUUGCACCUCGAACGCUGUGUGCGGUGUCUUCCUUUCCUCGCCAAUACCGGAGGCUUCUUCGUUGCACUGCUCCGAAAGGAGAAACCGUGGCCAACAGAAUGUGAGAGGAGGCCAACGCCGACUCUUCAGAGUAUUCAAGGCUCUUCUUCGCUUCAAUUCUUGGAUCAAGUCCCUCAAGAUGUUACGAGAGAUUUAGGAAUUCCCACUACUUUGGACACAGGCAGCUUAGUGCAAAGAGGGGCAAACAAGCUUUUUUAUUGCAGCGACCAUUUGGUUUCUGCAUUGCAAGAACGGGAGAAGCCUUUGUCAGUGAUUGCCGUGGGCACGUGCGCUUUUCGAUUCCAGCGUUCUUUGGGGCCACCUUCUAUUUCUAUAGGCAGACAACAGCGAAACAACUUGCGGCGAGGGAAAUGGUUUUUGACCAAAGGCGCAGACUCCAUGAAGGCAGUGAAACUUCGGAAAGAGACAAAUGCUACAGCAGCAAAGAAGAUAUUGGAGGGACACACAUGUUCAGUUUGCGGCCUGCAUCGGCAUGGCUCCCUCUUCUCCCGGAAAAUGCUCACCAGGCCUCCCUCGAAGCGGAAAUGCUCAGACUGUAUGGCGAAGCGAGCGCCAAAAAAAUGCCAGUGCUGCAGGGUCUCAGCAAGUUGA